CCCGGGGUCGGGGACCCAAGUCCCCAGGUGGCGCGGAGCGGGCGGCGGGAGUGGAGGAGCAGGCCCGGGCCUGCGGGAGGAUGCGGUGCCCCAGGUGCCAGGUUCCUGUUUGGGGUGGGACUGCAGCGCUUGUGACGGCAGGUGUCGUGUGUGGAUCGGUCCCGUCGGACACGGAGACAGGAGAGGGAGCCUCCGCGGGGCUGCUUCCGGAGUCGGACUCCGCUUUGUGGGGCCGUGAGGAGCGCUGUCUUUUUGUGCCGGCUCCUCUUGGUUUCUCCACGGCUCCAGCCCCCUUCCCCCACCGCGAAGGGCCGGCGUGGUGUCUGUCCUGUUUGCUUUCAGCCUGCGCACCUGCACGUGGCAGGCGCAACACAACAGUGCGGACUACGUGGGAAGCAGGGUGGGGUCUGGAAAGAGCUUCGGCGGUCGGGUCUGUCUUAGGUUCCAAACUUGGCCCCACCCAUUAUUAGCCUAGCGACCUGGGGCAAGACGCUUAGAGUUUUGGCUUCUUCAUUUGCAAAGGGGCUGUGAUACUGCAGCCUUGCUGGUCAGUAGGGAGGGUUACAGGUUUGUAUAGCGCCCAGCACUGGGCGGCACACGGUAGGUGUUCAGGACAGGAAAUUGGUAUCUGGGAGAAGGUUCUUCAGUUCGUUAAACGUGUCCUUUGCCAGUCUGUGCCAGACGUUGGGUACACAGAUGAAAUACGUAGCCCCCAUCUUUGAGGAGCUCACAGUUGAGAGAGUUCCAAGUAAGAUAGUUCCAAGUGGGCAAUAGCCGGCUGGUGCUAUGACCAGGGUGUAUAUGCUCAAGCUGUGCAGUGCCGGUCCCUUAGCCCAACCUGGAGGUCCAAAGGAGCCUUUCUAGUAAAGAAGAAGCCUGAACAGAGUCUUGAAAGGUGAGUAAAGUUAGCUGAAUGAAUAAAAAGGUGGAAGGGCGUCUGAGGCAGACAGAAUGGCAGGAGCAAAGCAUGGAAACAGGGAGCUGUGUGCCGGCUCUUUGCGUUCCUUCGAGAUGAACCUGUGAAGCUGGUCGUGGAAGACGAGACUGGAGAGGUGGAUAGGAGCCCCCGUCACGGAGGACCUUGCAUGUCCUGGCCAAGAGCUUUGACGCCACUCUCUCUAACUUUGGAGAGCCAGUGAAAGAUUUUAAGCACAUUACUGGCAUCAGGUUUGGGUUUUAAAGAAAUCUUUUUAGCUGGAGGUUGGUAGUAGCUUUAAAGUGGCAAGGAGUCCCGUUGGGACAUGAAUUCCUUCCUUAAGUCGCACGCCAAACUCUGUGCAUCUGUGUCUUGCUGUGGGUUGGGGAUGCACUGCUUUCAUCAGGUGAUGAAAGAGUGAUUAUACCCAGCAGCGGGCUAGUGAUGGCGUGCACCUGUUAGAGGUGUGGAUGAGCCAACGGUUCAGGAGGUUUAUUCAGCAGAUCUUAGUAUUUUAUUGGAGGUGGGGCUUGGAGGACAUUGCGGAGGUGAUGACUUCCUGGUUUCCACCAGAAAUAAUAAUAAUUUACUGAAAGGGAAAGGAGAGGAGCAGAGCAGAUACGGAAGGGAAGGUGAAGCGUUUGCUUCAGCCAUUUUUUGCAUUUGGUAAGUUUGGAACAUCCAAGUGACAAUCUGUAUCUUUGGCCUCAUUUGUGUGCGUGAAUAAUUUAGAGACAAGAAUAAUUUGCUUCAGAACAUGCAUCAAAAUAGCAGCAGAUAUCAAAGACUUUAAUAAGUGCCUUUCCCUCCCUCAGCUUCUCAAUCGGUGGAAAGAAAGUCUUAAGGAGCAGCAAAGGCGUGAUUGUGCCAGUGUGCCGAUUUCCAAAGCAUUCCAGUAUUCCAGGGACUUGAAGGGAUGUUUCAGGAUUUCACUAGGGAUGGCAUAAAAUUUUAUUUUAAAGUCAUAUUUAAAAUUGUUGUAUAUUGAAACAUACACACACACACACUUAAGAUAUAAUGUCCUUAAAUGUGCUGUGCAAUAUUUUGACUUAUCAGAGACUGCUAACAUGGUGCUUUAUGCUGCUAGGUUAACCCAGUUUGUGCAGACUUUGGAAUAAGGCUCUCUUGCCAUCUUGUUCUUACUGAAAAGCAUCCCAUGAAUGCAAGGUGAUCGGUGGCAGCAAAUGAUCUUCAGUAGCCUGCUAGCCUCCCUUCUUUUAUUUACACCUUCUGCAGCUAGUUCUCUACCCACAGCCAGUCAUCUUUCUAAAACAGAAGUCUGAUCCUAUCACUUGACUGCCUUUUAACAGCCUCUGGAGUCUUGCUGUUAAACCUAACCCCCAGACUUUUGUUGUGGUUUGCAAAGCCCCCUUGCACCUUUCUGUUCAUCUGUCCCUCUCCCUCCUGCUCCCGUGAAAGCCAGGGUGGCCUCUCGCUGUUCCUGGCAGCAGACAUGUGCCCUCAGGACCUUUGCACUUGCCCUGCUCUCUGCUAGACUGCUUUUCCUCCGCACCUGUGCGGCCACCCUCCUUUCCUUCUUCACGUCUCCUUAUUGCUCACUUCCUCGGAGCAUCUUUUUCUAAUGUGCUCACCCUUCCUUCCAUCAGCUGCGUCUCCUGAGCUUGCCUUCAUUUCCCUCAUAACAGUUCUUUCCUAACAAUGUGUGUGUAUUUGGUUUUCUUGUUGGUCUGUCUCAUCUUUCUGAGAAUGGGCCCCCUGAGGUCAGGGCCUUUACCUGUCUCAUUCACUGCUGUAUCCCCAGCAUCUAAAAGGCGCUCACUGGGUACCCAGGAAUGAAUGAAUGAAUCAGAUUUUCUUGCUACGCCACAGAUGAAUCAAAAAUGUAGAAAUAAGUUGGAUGAUGGGGCUAGUGAAAAAGCUUGAGCUUGGAACUCAGUCGUGGGCAAGUGGCCUAAGGACAGACACUGGUACCUUGUUUUUCUGAAAAGAACUGAUCAUGUCGGAAUGACAGGAAGCUCUCUGUGCACACGGCCGUCUGUGGGAGCUUUGAAGACAAUAAAAUAGUAUUUGUUCUACCGGGGAGCUCCUCUGUAUCGAGCGACGGUGAAAAAUGUUUCGGAAAGGCAAAAAACGGCACAGUAGCAGCAGUUCCCAGAGCAGUGAAAUCAGUACUAAGAGCAAGUCUGUAGACUCCAGCCUUGGGGGGCUCUCACGAUCCAGCACUGUGGCCAGCCUCGAUACAGAUUCUACCAAAAGCUCAGGACAAAGCAAUAACACUUCAGAUACCUGUGCAGAAUUUCGAAUAAAAUAUGUUGGUGCCAUUGAGAAACUGAAAUUCUCUGAAGGGAAAAGUCUUGAAGGGCCCCUAGACCUGAUAAAUUAUAUAGAUGUUGCCCAGCAAGAUGGAAAGUUGCCUUUCGUUCCUCUGGAGGAAGAAUUUAUUAUGGGAGUUUCGAAGUAUGGUAUAAAAGUGUCAACAUCAGAUCAGUAUGAUGUCCUGCAUCGGCACGCUCUGUAUUUAAUCAUCCGGAUGGUGUGUUACGAUGAUGGUCUGGGGGCAGGAAGAAGCUUGCUGGCUCUGAAGACCACAGAUGCCAGCAAUGAGGAAUACAGCCUCUGGGUUUAUCAGUGCCACAGCCUGGAGCAAGCACAAGCCAUCUGCAAAGUUUUAUCCACCGCUUUUGACUCCGUAUUAACAUCUGAGAAAUCCUGAAUUCUGCAAUCAAGUGGAAGCUGACUUCGUGUGGGAGUUCGGUGGUUUUCAGUCUGCAGGGUUGAGCUAUUAUGGGAGUAGGAAGUGGUGAAAGCGAAGAAAUGCGGUGUGUAACAUACUGAUCAUUUGCUUUUCUAUUAAAAUGUGUCUUAUUACGGUGAGUUAACUCUCAACGAGGUUGUCCGCUUUCUGCGACUAAAAAAGAAACCUCCCCUCUCGCUUUUAAACACAAAUGAGCUUAACACCUAAGCGUCACAGAAGUGCCCUCAGUGAGUGGCGAGCACGGAGCGCUUUCCACGGAGGUCACGUACCGUCCCCCGGGGCGGCACGUGGGCCCCCCGCCGGCUGGGAGCGCCGGUCACCUGGUCUGGAACAGCGACGCAGCGCUGCCAGCUCACGACACAAAAAGUAAGACCGUGAAGGUGCACCGUCAGGAGGACGUGCUCGGAAACCAAAGCAUCGACCUCGGCGUUCCCAGACAAGAGAUCACCGCGCGUGUUAAACAGCACAGAAAGAAUCUCAUGUACAGGAGGCUGGUGGGUUUUUCUAAAGGACCAUUUUAAUAUGCAAUGCUUAAAGGAUUAAAAACAUUAAAAAUAACACUAUGUCCAUUUACAGGUGUUUUAUUUUUUUCCAGUCAAAUGACUAGUUUGCGGGAAGAGCCAACUUACUGAACAUGCUCUAAUUAUAAAUCACUGCAUUAAGGACAACGAAAAUAAGAAUUGAUUUAGGUUAUACAAUAUAUACAGUUGCGCUGCAACCAGAUCAGAGCAAUCAAGCGAAUGAACGGAGUAUCAUUGUCUCAGGUAGCGUUCCGAGCUGCAUGCCACACCAUCCACCCCUCAGCAGACCACACGGGAGCUGGGAGUCUGUGCACGUGUGGGGCCUCAUCCCUCGAAGUCGCGUCUGAUGGAAAACGGCACACGACAUGCCAGCGUCCCGCAGCUACGUUCGUGAAGCGUCAACUUCAAAUAUAAAUAGAUAUCUACAAUGUUUUCCUUUCUCUCAGGUUGUUUUUUGAUUUGCAAAGAGCAAAGAACUAGGAAAGGAUGUUAGCAGGGAAGGUACUAGAAUUUCUCCUCUGGCAAGAGUAAUGUUAACGACUGCACAAUAGCACCACCAAAUUGCCGAGUGGAAAAAAUAUUUCCUAGAUAUUUCUGUACCAGUGAACCUGAUAGGUUAGUUUGGGACUGGUGUCUGAAUGUCAGUGAGAAUCAACUUUAAUUCCUUAUAAAGCUGGCACCAAGUAGUCAAAAGGCUGAUUAUAAGACACGAAUGCAAAAGGACUGUGUUAAAAUAUACAGAAGAAGUGCACUGUGCAAAAUAUACCUGUUUACUUUCUUAAAUCUAUGAGGGAUUAACCAAAUGAAGGGUUCAAACGACAGAAAUGAACAAUUAGUGAAAAUACAUGUAGUGCUUUAAAAACAAAACAAAACCAAAAACAAACAAAAACAAACAAAAAAAAAACCACCAAAAACCCAACCAAAUUUAAUGACAGAUCUAACAUUUUUACCCGGAACUUUGAAAGGCAAAAAGCAGUUGCCACACCACAUCAUAAAACAUUCCAGUUUGUUCUGUUUUCCUUUAUAAAAACAAUAAAAAGUAGAAUGCAAUUAAUAA